AUGGCAGCGGCAGCUUCCACUUCCAUGGCGGCGACAGCCGUCUUGCUCCAUCGACUUCCCACCAAAAGCACGGUCCACUGCUCCACCUUGCCGUGCCUGCCACCCCCUUUCUCCAAUUCAGCUUUCUCCACUUCCUUCAAGCCCUUUUCAGAGUCGAGGAGGUCUUCUUGUCUCCAGGUCAAAGCCUCAUCUUCAGACGAGACAUCUGCAGUUGAUGCUAGUGAAUUACUAACAGACCUAAAAGAAAAGUGGGAUGCUGUUGAAAACAAGUCUACAGUACUUCUUUAUGGAGGAGGGGCAAUCGUGGCAACUUGGUUAGCUUCCAUUGUUGUUGGCGCAGUUAACUCGGUCCCUUUGCUUCCGAAGAUCUUGGAGUUGGUUGGUCUCGGAUACACUGGAUGGUUUGUGUACCGUUACCUUCUUUUCAAGUCAAGUAGAAAAGAACUGGCAGAAGACAUUGAAGGGUUGAAGAAGAAGAUUGCUGGAACUGAAAUUGAGCUUGUCACUUUUCAAAAUAGUCCUCACUACAAAAUUCACCGCCACCGCCAACUUCACCUCUGUGGCCUUCCCAGAAAUUUGACUACCUGCAUUGCUUUCUGCCGAAGAGAGAUUAGGGGGUUAUAG